UGCCAACUGGCCACGAGGCAGCGACUGGGGAGGUCUUCGGGCUUGUUCAUACAGUCCACCUACAGCGCUUAAAAACAGGCUGUUCGCCGACGUUUGUCUGCUCCGGAUCGAGAUAGCAGUAGAGUCGGCCCGCCACAGAGCGCACUCUCGAUCCUCCUUAUAUCCGGCAUGCCCGUACGCCUUGUGUGGCCUCGACCUCAGUUGAUGGAUGUCAGAGGGGAACGUUGUGCGGAGAUGUGGUAGGCUUUCCAUCUGCAGGUGUGUUCCAUCCCCCCCGUAUUCUGCACUUCCCUACCAUCAAGGUCACUGUCUCGCGCUCUACCCUUCAUCAUGCCUAACCAACCCACCGGCGAUCCCAAACAACACGACGUCUCGACGUUCACAGACAGCAUCUCCGGGUCAUGUCUCUGUGGCAGCAUAACAGUAACCCUCAAUGAGAAGGGUCUUUUUGACAAGCCGCGUGGGCACCUAUGCCAUUGCGCCAAUUGUCGCAAGGUGGCAGGCUCAUACGUCGCCAGCAACAUGUUAAUGGAUGAGGAUAAAGUCAAGAUCGAUGACCGUGAUGGCACAUUGAAGACAUAUGAGGAUAAGCAUACACUGAGCGGCAACCCAGUGUACCGGAGCUUCUGCGGUGUGGAUGGAAACCCCGUCCAGUCCAAGACAGCCUUGUACCCGGGCAAAGUCGUGAUCAAGAUGGGCAUGUUCCCUCGCAUCCCACAACCCGAGGCCGAAGGCUUUGGUUCUCACAAACACCCGUGGCAAGGGCAGCACGAUGGCGUACCAUCGUACAAGAUCAAGUGGGCAGGACCAGAGAAAGAAUUGAUGUCCGAAGGUACUCUGUAGCGGUUAAUGACAUUACCAAUUCUAGCCAGGAAAGUCUUCCACGUACAAAGGGACUGACGUGAAAGGCUCUCGUUUCUCAGCUCGAUGCUACUCAAAAGGAAGCAGACGCCGGGUAUGCAAUUACAA